UCUUCCCACUCAACGAGCUCGGCAGUUCUCAACUCUUGUCCCAUAGAUGGCGGUGGAUAGAGAAACCGGAAACCGUCUGGUGUUUGCUGUCAAUGGAGAGAGGAUUGAGCUCUCCAGUGUUGACCCUUCGACUACUUUGCUCGAGUUCUUGCGUUCCCAGACUCGCUUCAAGAGUGUAAAGCUCGGCUGUGGUGAAGGUGGUUGUGGUGCUUGUGUUGUUCUAUUGUCAAAGUAUGACCCUGUGCUUGAUCAGGUUGAGGAUUUUACAGCAAGUUCAUGUCUCACUCUACUUUGUAGUGUACAUGGAUUUGCAAUUACAACAACUGAAGGCCUUGGAAAUAGCAAAGAUGGUUUGCACGCAAUUCAUCAAAGGCUUGCUGGUUUCCAUGCUUCUCAAUGUGGGUUUUGUACUCCUGGAAUGUGUGUUUCACUCUUUGCAGCGCUGGUCAAUGCUGAAAAAACCAAUCGACCUGAUCCCUCUCCUGGCUUCUCCAAGCUGACUGUUUCUGAAGCCGAAAAGGCUAUUGCAGGAAACCUCUGCCGCUGUACUGGGUAUAGAUCAAUAGCUGAUGCCUGCAAGAGCUUUGCAGCCGAUGUUGAUAUGGAGGAUUUGGGGUUGAACUCUUUUUGGAGAAAUGGAGAGAGUAAGGAAGUAAAGAUUAAGAGGCUACCUUUCUAUGACCGUAUAAGAGAGAUCUGUACAUUUCCAGAGUUUUUGAAGAAGGAAAUCAGGUCUUCCAUGGUUUUGGAUUCUAAAAGAUUUUUUUGGUACAAUCCUGUAAGUCUCAUAGAACUUCAAAGCUUAUUGGACUCCCUUGAGACCAAGGAUGGAAGCUUGGUUAAAUUAGUAGCUGGUAACACGGGAAUGGGUUAUUACAAGGAAAUUGAAUGCAAUGACAGAUACAUUGAUCUAAGGAAUAUUUCUGAGAUCUCAUCAAUUAAAACAGAUUUGACUGGGAUUGAGAUUGGAGCAACUGUGGCAAUCUCUAAAACUAUUGAAGCUUUGAAGAAAGAAAACAAAGCUGAAUUUCACUCAAAUGGUGAGAUGAUGUUCAAAAAAAUUGCCGACCAUAUGGAGAAAAUUGCUUCAGGGUUCAUCCGGAAUACAGCUAGUAUAGGGGGAAAUUUGGUGAUGGCACAGAGGAAACAUUUUCCUUCUGAUAUUGCUACACUACUUCUUGCUGUGGAUUCAAUGGUGGAUAUAAUGAGUGGUACUAGACGUGAAAAGAUUAUGUUGGAGGAGUUUCUGGAAAGGUCUCCAAUGGAUUCCAAAACUGUGCUUCUAAAUGUUAGAAUCCCAACUUGGGAAUCGAUCAGAAAUAUUUCUUCUGAUACAAACUCUAUGGUGCUGUUUGAAACCUAUAGAGCUGCACCGCGGCCUCUUGGAAAUGCACUUCCCUAUUUAAAUGCUGCUUUUAUGGCUGAAGUUUCUUCCUGUAGAACUUCUGGUGGAAUCAUUGUAUAUAACUGUCAGCUGGCUUUUGGUGCUUAUGGGACCAAACAUGCAAUCCGAGCAAGAAGGGUGGAGGAAUUUUUAGCUGGAAAAACUUUAAGUGUAGGUGUUCUAUAUGAGGCUAUCAAAUUAGUUAGGGCCACUGUAAUACCAAAUGAUGGCACUUCUCCUGCUUAUAGGUCAAGCCUGGCCGUUGGUUUUCUUUUUAAUUUCUUUAGCCCCUUAGUCGACAAUAAUGGUGAAACUUUUAAUGGUUUAUUGGAUGGGUAUAUGAAUCAUUUGUUGGUUGAAGUUUCCAAAUUAGACCAGAAUACUCUCCAGCUUGAUCAUGAUAAAAUCCUGACUUUUCUAUCAUCUGCUAAGCAGGUGCUUGAAUUAAGUACUGAGUAUUAUCCAGUUGGUGAGCCAAUUACAAAAGCUGGAGCUGCCAUCCAAGCUUCUGGUGAGGCUGUCUAUGUGAAUGACAUUCCUUCACCCGCAAAUUGCCUUCAUGGGGCAUUCAUUUAUAGCACAAAACCUUUGGCAUGGGUAAGGGGUAUAAAAUUCCAGCCUAAACCAUAUCCGGAUGGAGUGGUCGCAGUUGUUACUUCUGAAGACAUCCCCAAAGGUGGAAAGAAUACUGGAUCAAAGACCAUAUUUGGUACUGAACCUUUAUUUGCUGAGGAGCUUACUGAGUGUGCUGGUCAGCGUCUUGCCUUGGUGGUUGCUGAUACACAGAAGCGUGCAGAUAUGGCCAUAAAUUUUGCAGUGGUUGAUUAUGACCUAGAAGAUCUAGAACAACCAAUUCUUUCCGUAGAAGAGGCUGUUAGGAGAUCCAGUUUUUUCGAGGUUCCUCCUUUUCUUUUCCCAAAACAGGUUGGUGAUAUAUCAAAAGGAAUGGCUGAAGCUGAUCAGAAGAUUCUUUCUGCCGAGAUUAAACUUGGAUCGCAAUACUAUUUCUAUAUGGAGACACAAACUGCCCUUGCUGUGCCAGAUGAAGACAACUGCAUGGUGGUAUACAGUUCAAGUCAGGUCCCCGAGUGGACACAAACGGUGAUUGCAAGGUGUCUUGGCAUUCCUGAACAUAAUGUCCGUGUAAUUACGAGAAGGGUUGGAGGAGGCUUUGGUGGAAAGGCCUUAAAAGCCAUGCCUGUUGCUGCUGCAUGUGCGCUUGCAGCCCACAAGUUGCGCCGCCCCGUCAGGAUGUAUCUUGAUCGCAAGACUGAUAUGAUUAUGGCAGGAGGAAGGCAUCCGAUGAAAAUAACUUACAGUGUGGGAUUCAAGUCUAACGGGAAGAUUACAGCAUUACAACUUGAGAUAUUAAUUAAUGCUGGGUGCGCUGUGGAUAUUAGUCCAAUAAUGCCCCAUAAUGUACUGAGUGCACUUAAAAAAUAUGACUGGGGUGCUUUAUUUUUUGAUAUAAAGGUAUGCAAGACAAAUCAUUCAAGUAAAUCCGCAAUGCGGGCACCUGGGGAGGUACAGGGGUCAUUUAUUGCUGAAGCAGUAAUUGAGCACGUAGCAGCUGCCCUUUCAAUGGAAGUGGAUUCUGUCAGAAGCAUAAAUCUCCACACAUACAGUAGCCUCAACUUUUUCUAUGAGGGUAUUGCAGAUCAACCUCUUGAUUAUACUUUACCUUCAAUAUGGAACAAGUUGGUUACGUCUUCAAACUUGCUCCAUAGGACCAAAAUGGUGGUAGAGUUUAAUAGAAACAAUAAAUGGAGUAAGAGGGGCAUUUCUCAAAUACCCAUUGUGCAUGAGGUGACAUUAAGACCGACUCCGGGAAAAGUCAGCAUUUUACGUGAUGGUUCUAUUGUUGUUGAGGUCGGUGGGAUUGAGCUUGGCCAGGGGCUUUGGACAAAGGUAAAACAGAUGACUGCAUUUGCUCUCAGCUCAAUACAAUGUGAUAGGGUUGGGGAUUUGUUGGACAAAGUACGGGUCAUACAAUCUGAUACCUUGAGUUUAAUUCAAGGGGGUUUUACUUCUGGGAGCACAACAUCUGAGUCAAGCUGUGAAGCAGUGAGGCUUUGCUGCAAUAUUUUGGUUGAGAGACUUGGGCCUCUCAGGGAAAGAUUGAAGGAGCAAAUGGGUUCUGUGGAAUGGGAGAUGCUUGUUGAUCAGGCACACUUACAAUCUGUAAAUUUAUCAGCAAGUUCAUUAUUUGUUCCUGACCUUAAUUCGAUGAAAUACCUGAACUAUGGUGCUGCAGUAAGCGAGGUGGAGGUAAAUCUUUUGACAGGAGGAACUACAGUUUUGCAAACAGAUAUUAUCUAUGAUUGCGGACAGAGUCUUAACCCUGCUGUGGAUUUAGGACAGAUUGAAGGAGCUUUCGUCCAAGGGCUUGGGUUUUUCAUGCUUGAGGAAUACUUGACAGAUUCAAAUGGAUUAGUGGUUGCAGAAGGCACAUGGACAUAUAAGAUUCCUACACUUGACACAAUACCCAAAAAGUUCAACGUUGAAGUACUGAACAGUGGACGUCACCAAAAACGUGUUCUCUCUUCAAAAGCUUCAGGGGAGCCACCAUUACUUCUAGCAGCAUCUGUUCACUGUGCUACGAGAGCAGCCAUUAAAGAAGCCAGAAAGCAGCUUCUCUUUUGGAGCGGCCAAGAUGGGUCUACAACAAAUGCAACAAUAUUUGAUCUGGAGGUUCCCGCUACCAUGCCUGUUGUAAAGGGCCUCUGUGGGCUAGAAAGCGUGGAGAGGUACUUGGAAUGGAUAAUUGGCACAAAGUAGUAGUGAAGAAGGAUGUCAAAUGUCCUACGAGUUGUGUGGAGCUGUUUGCCGCUGCGUUGUAAGAUUGUUAACAUGCAUAUGUGAUAACAAUAAGUGAUAACACUCAUGCUGAAAGUAUGAGCUCCAUUUUAUUGUAUGAUAGGGGUGCGGAAUGUUUAUGUUUGUUUUGAUUGGAAGUGUACGAAGAGAGUAGUCCUCGGAGCAAUGUAAAUUCAGCGAAUAAAAUAAGCUCUAUGUAAUUUUCAGAUUACAUAUUUUGUGUAUAUUGUUAUGCUUAUUGGAAGGAAAGCUUGUAAUAAAAAUCCUUGACUUUGUAGAAUUCUCAUAGGUAGAAAUGCAUUUAUAGAUUAUUAUUA